GGACGGGUAGUCCUUGGUAGCCACACGUAUACACUAUUACACAACACGUACAGACAGCUACGCUAUUUACACGUACCAGGAAGAGAAAUUCUGUAACAGUUAUUUCCAAAGAUUGACAUGCCAAGGUUCGGAGGUGUUUUGUAUACAUAUAUACAGAAUUCGUUUUGUACGACGGAUAUAAUCUUAAGUGAGCCCGUACAGAUGUUCUAAGGUCAUAUUCAUCGGAAUCUGUGGGCUGAUUUGGACUGUUUAAUCAAUAACUGUGAAAUUCAUAACGGAAUUUGCGGCUGUUGGCAUUGUGUAAUUCUAACACAAACUCAAAGUUUAACGCGAAAUUCACUUACCGAAAAUGGAACCGCCUGCCGACUAUAAACGUUACGGUGAGUACCGAGAUUCGCCAGGAGAUAGGCGUUAUACAUCUACAAAAGCACGUGACUAUUGGACUCCCCCUAGGGACACCACGUCUCCGACCUGGGACCGGGGACCAUUGUCUCCUACUAGACGUAGUCCGUUGGGAUUCCGGGAAACCGGAUUUAACGGCAAUAAGGGGGGAUUCGUCCCGGAAGAUCGUGGAACGUUUUUCCCGCCCGAUGGGAUUCAGCGACCAGUUCGACCAUUGCCAUAUAAAGGAGGUGACCACAUGGGGGUUUCCAGAGUCCCUGGUGGGAACCCGUCGUACCAAGAUAGUUUCCAAGGGCGCUACAUGGGCGGUGCACCCCGGCGUCCGUCUCUGUCCUCUCGUGGGUCAGAAGAGCAGCCGAGAUUUACAUACGACAAUUUAGGGUUUCAGUCAAAGUACCGGGAUCCAGACAGAAGAAGCGAUGGAUCAUUUGCGACCGGUCAGCGAGGUUACGUGUUCGGUUCUGAUUAUGGCCCCACAAGGACCAAGGAAAAGUAUGACGAAAACAACUAUAUCUAUCGCAACGGGGGAAUGGAGAACGGCGGGUCUGGAUGGGCAAAUAAAACGGGCAGAGAUCAAUAUCGUCACCGAGAUAAGUAUAUAGAUGAUGAGAUGAAUAAAGACAGGCAUUAUAGCGGAUUUGCCAUCUUGUUGCGACUCUUUACCUGUUUACUUAUAUUUUGGGACCUGGCUAAUGACUGGGUGAUAGGUGCCUCAGGACCGUCUCCAUUUGUACAGAAGGACACUUUGGAAAACGGCGGGGCGUGCAAAGUGAACCAUGACGUCCUAGACCAUUUGAACAUCAGCGCUGCUGAGGUCAAGGCAUCCAUUUGUUCAGACACGGUUAACAUAUGGACAUCUCUGACAGUGUUUAUGUUGAUAGGGUCUCUUAUUGGAAUCAUUCAGUGCAUCAACCUCACCAUGGAAACGAUCAUUAUUGUUCGAGGGAAGAAGUUCUUUCGGAUCCUUUCGGGCCAGAGUGAAAUAUUCCUGGCCAUUUUCUUUGAGGAGGUACCCCAGGCUAUCAUCAUGAUAGUGCUUUUGUUCCAUUGUAAGUGCCACUCUAGUAAAGUUGACAUCAACCUCUUUGCAUUGUUGGCUAGCAUCAGCGCAUGCGCGAGCGCCAUCUUCCGGCUCUCUGUGAGUUACGAUCACUUGACUGGCAAUGCUGGCUGUUGCAACCAAUGGUGGCGAUGCUGUUGUUGUCGCAAUAAUGACUACUGCUGUGAAGUCAAGCCCCGCGAUUUCUUCUGCACGUGUGAAAUCCCCUUCCCAAUGUGCUGUUGCACGCUGAGCUGUAAAAAUUGCAAGUGUUCUCCCGUCACAUGGUGUAAUUUUAUUCUGAAAACAUUCGGAUGUUUCUGUGAUUGCUGUCAGGAUAAGGACACCAGCUAUGGAAUUCGACUUGUCAAUCUGUUCGGAAUAUCUCUGCUCUUGCUGUCCUUCGGAUUACAACUUUUCGUCUACAUCGUUACAGUCCAUUAACAAGUAUAUAUACAUUUACUCUCUCUGUCUAAAGGGACAUACAUACUUUAAUGUCAUAGAUUUGUAUAUUACUACGUCACAGUACUACGUCACAUUAUUACGUCAACGUGCUACGUCACAGUACUACGUCAAAGUGCUACGUCCCAGUGCUACGUCCCAGUGCUAGAUCCCAGUGCUACGUCACAGUGCCAAAUCACCAAUCAUCAAAGCGCCUCUUUGGUGAAGAUUAA